GGUCACGUGACGUGCGUGGCGACGUGUCGGCCAUCUUGUGUUGUUGAGGCUGAGGAUUGACUUGGGUUCUGAGAGACUCCUGUCCCGGACCGCAGUGUUAAAAAGACCUGAAAACAUUUGCUGAAACCUCUUGCUGUGAGAUAGCAGAACUUUUGAGCAGGUUUCUCCACACAUAAAAAUCUUUUCAAAAAUACGGAGAAGAAUGGCAGCAGAAACACAGACACUAAACUUUGGGCCUGAAUGGCUCCGUGCUCUGUCCAGUGGUGGGAGUAUCACAUCCCCUCCUCUUUCUCCGGCCCUGCCAAAGUAUAAAUUAGCAGAUUAUCGAUAUGGCCGAGAAGAAAUGCUAGCACUUUUCCUUAAAGACUACAAGAUACCUUUUGACCUUCUGGAGAAAGAAUUCCUGCCCAUCCUACAGGAGGAGCCCUUGCCGCCAUUGGCUCUAGUACCCUUUACAGAAGAAGAGCAGAGAAACUUUUCCAUGUCUGUAAAUAGUGCCGCUGUCCUGCGAUUGACAGGACGAGGAGGAGGAGGAGGAACAGUGGUGGGGGCUCCUAGAGGUCGAAGUUCUUCAAGAGGGCGAGGCAGAGGUAGAGGUGAAUGUGGUUUCUACCAAAGAAGUUUUGAUGAAGUAGAGGGUGUGUUUGGGCGAGGAGGUGGCAGGGAAAUGCAUAGAUCACAGAGCUGGGAAGAAAGGGGUGACAGGCGCUUUGAAAAACCAGGAAGAAAAGAUGUAGGGAGACCAAAUUUUGAGGAAAGUGGACCAACGUCUGUAGGGAGAAAGCAUGAAUUUAUACGGUCAGAAAGUGAAAACUGGCGAAUCUUUAGAGAGGAACAAAAUGGAGAAGAUGAAGAUGGAGGUUGGCGGUUAGCUGGAUCAAGAAGGGAUGGAGAGAGAUGGCGACCUCAUAGUCCUGAUGGCCCUCGUUCUACAGGCUGGCGGGAACACAUGGAACGCCGUCGGAGGUUUGAGUUUGAUUUUCGAGACCGAGAUGAUGAGCGUGGUUACCGAAGGGUGCGUUCUGGCAGUGGGAGCAUAGAUGAUGACAGGGAUAGCUUGCCGGAGUGGUGCUUAGAGGAUGCUGAGGAAGAAAUGGGCACAUUUGACUCUUCUGGAGCAUUCCUCUCUCUAAAAAAAGUGCAGAAAGAACCUAUUCCUGAAGAGCAGGAAAUGGACUUUAGGCCUGUGGAGGAGGGAGAGGAGCGCUCUGACUCUGACAGCAGCCAUAACGAAGAGGCCAAAGAACCGGAUAAGACAAACCGAAGAGAGGGGGAGAAAACAGACAGAGCAGGGGCUGAAGCUAGUGAGGAAGUACCUCAGAUGUCAUUGUCAUCUGCUAGACCAGGUACCCCUUCAGAUCAUCAGCCUCAAGAAGCAGCACAGUUUGAGAGGAAAGAUGAACCCAAAGCUGAACAAGUGGAAAAGGCUGAAGAAGAGAAUCCGUCAGAAAAUAGUCUCUCAGCCAAGGUCCCCAGCAGAGGGGAUGAAACGGUGCCUCCCUCCCAGCAACCUUCCACACAGCUUCCUCCAGACACAGCCUCUCCUCUCCUCAUCCUGUCGCCUCCUGGUCCUACUCCUAGUUCUGCCUCACGGCCAGUUGAGACAGCAGCCGUUGAAGCUCCUGGUAUGAGCAGUGUUUCCACAGAGCCAGAUGAUGAAGAGGGCCUCAAACACUUGGAACAGCAAGCUGAGAAGAUGGUGGCUUAUCUCCAAGACAGUGCACUAGAUGACGAAAGAUUGACAUCAAAACUGCAAGAGCACCGAACUAAAGGAGUGUCAAUCCCACUGAUGCAUGAAGCAAUGCAAAAGUGGUAUUACAAAGACCCUCAGGGAGAGAUCCAAGGUCCCUUUAACAAUCAGGAGAUGGCCGAAUGGUUUCAGGCGGGCUAUUUUACUAUGUCUUUGCUGGUGAAGAGAGCAUGUGAUGAAAGCUUCCAGCCCCUUGGUGAUAUCAUGAAAAUGUGGGGAAGGGUUCCUUUCUCUCCAGGCCCAGCUCCCCCUCCUCAUAUGGGAGAAUUGGACCAGGAACGCCUGACCAGACAGCAGGAACUCACUGCCUUAUACCAGAUGCAGCACCUCCAGUACCAGCAGUUCUUAAUCCAACAACAGUAUGCACAGGUUUUGGCUCAACAGCAGCAGAAAGCAGCUUUGUCAUCUCAGCAGCAGCAACAGUUGGCUCUUCUCCUGCAACAGUUCCAGGCUCUGAAGAUGAGAAUGUCUGAUCAGAACAUCAUUCCCUCAGUAACUAGGUCUGUGUCAGUGCCAGAUACUGGCUCUAUCUGGGAGCUUCAGCCAACAACCUCACAGCCUGCAGUUUGGGAAGGUGGUAGUGUAUGGGAUCUUCCCCUGGACACCACAACACCAGGUCCUUCCCUGGAACAGCUUCAGCAGCUAGAGAAGGCCAAAGCUGCAAAGUUAGAACAGGAGAGAAGAGAGGCAGAAAUGAGGGCAAAAAGAGAAGAGGAGGAGCGAAAGAGGCAAGAAGAGCUCCGGAGACAACAGGAGGAAAUCCUUCGGAGGCAGCAGGAGGAAGAACGGAAAAGACGGGAAGAAGAGGAACUUGCUCGAAGGAAGCAGGAGGAGGCUCUGCGGCGCCAACGGGAGCAAGAGAUUGCACUAAGGCGGCAACGAGAAGAGGAGGAAAGACAGCAGCAGGAAGAAGCUCUUAGAAGAUUGGAGGAGCGGAGGAGAGAGGAGGAGGAAAGGCGGAAGCAGGAAGAACUGUUACGCAAGCAGGAAGAGGAGGCUGCCAAAUGGGCCCGGGAAGAGGAAGAAGCCCAGCGCCGACUGGAAGAGAACCGGCUACGCAUGGAGGAGGAGGCUGCCAGACUUCGCCAUGAAGAAGAAGAAAGAAAACGGAAGGAACUGGAGCUGCAGCGACAGAAGGAUCUGAUGCGCCAGAGACAGCAGCAGCAAGAGGCUCUCCGAAGGCUGCAGCAGCAACAGCAGCAGCAACAGCUUGCACAAAUGAAGCUUCCCUCUUCGUCAACGUGGGGUCAGCAGUCUAACACAGCAACAUGUCAGUCCCAGGCCACGCUGUCAUUGGCUGAGAUCCAGAAGCUGGAAGAAGAACGAGAACGCCAGCUUCGAGAAGAGCAAAGACGUCAGCAGAGGGAAUUGAUGAAAGCUCUCCAGCAGCAGCAGCAGCAGCAACAACAACAAAAACUCUCAGGUUGGGGGAAUGUCAGCAAACCUGCAGGUACCACCAAGUCUCUUCUAGAGAUCCAGCAGGAAGAGGCCAGGCAAAUGCAGAAGCAGCAGCAGCAGCAACAACAACAACAGCAGCAACACCAGCAAUCAAACAGAGCCCGGAACAGCACACAUUCCAACCUGCACACCAGCCUUGGGAAUUCUGUAUGGGGCUCUAUAAACACAGGUCCUCCUAACCAGUGGGCGUCUGAGCUAGUCAGUAGUAUCUGGAGUAAUGCAGACACCAAAAACUCCAACAUGGGGUUUUGGGAUGAUGCAGUGAAAGAGGUGGGACCUAGAAAUUCAACAAAUAAAAAUAAAAACAACACCAGUCUCAGUAAAUCUGUAGGUGUGUCUAACCGGCAGAAUAAGAAAGUAGAAGAAGAAGAAAAGUUGCUGAAGCUCUUUCAGGGAGUAAAUAAAGCCCAAGAUGGAUUUACCCAGUGGUGUGAACAGAUGCUUCAUGCCCUUAAUACGGCAAAUAACUUGGAUGUCCCCACGUUUGUUUCUUUCUUGAAAGAAGUGGAGUCUCCUUAUGAAGUCCAUGACUAUACCAGGGCCUAUUUAGGAGAUACUUCUGAGGCCAAGGAGUUUGCCAAGCAGUUCCUUGAACGCCGUGCCAAACAGAAAGCCAACCAGCAGCGUCAGCAGCAGCAACAACAACAGCAACAGCAGCAACAGCAGCAGGACUCCGUCUGGGGGAUGAACCAUAGUACACUCCAUUCGGUAUUUCAGACCAAUCAAAGCAACAACCAACAAUCAAAUUUUGAGACUGUGCAAAGUGGCAAGAAGAAGAAAAAGCAGAAGAUGGUUCGAGCAGAUCCCAGUUUAUUAGGGUUUUCAGUCAAUGCCUCGUCAGAGCGACUGAACAUGGGCGAGAUUGAGACUCUAGAUGACUACUGAGUUCCUGCCGCUGUGCCAGCCUUCCCACUCCUGCCUAGUGACCAUGGUUUCUCCUCAUUGGACACAACAUACGUUCACCAUUUGCUCUGUCACCCUGCAACAAAUCACAGAACCAAUCAUCUCAGGCUUUUUUUUCUAGCCCUUUGUGUCUAAGAUUACUUUAAAUCACUGUUGGUGAGCAUCUCAGGCUGUACCUAAGUGGACCAGACCCUUGUCUCGGGGUGGCAGUUGGGAUUGCUCCCCAGCAGAGCUAAUGUUGUCAGCACACAUUCACUGUGCAUUGACUUCAUCUACUGUCUCCUGGAAGUGUGUUGGAAUCUGCCACUAGCAGAUCACUUUCUCUUGUCACUUUUCUUGUUGUGUUUUGUUCAUUCUCCCCAUCCCUCUAUCCCACCCCAUACAGGCAAAGGGCCUUAACUGGUGCAGUCGUGAAGAGAAUUAAUGGUCAGUAGUCAUUGGCCAGCAACAAAUCACCUCCUGGACAGUCACUUCUCUAUUGCCACCGGCAGGCAGGACUCUGUCUGUAGGUUAUAUGGCCAUUGUUCACAUGGGGCGGGAUAGAUUGGCUUGUUUGAUGUUGCACACCCUCGGUAUGUGUUCUUCAUUAGAUAGUGACUUUCUAAGCAAGCUGUGUUCUUCCCUAACAUAUUCCAACCUUACUACUGGACAAAGGAAACCCUAUGGCCUGGGACAGGGACUUAAUUUUCCUUUCAUAUAAAAACUGAUCUCCCCUCCUCCCAUAAAUAUUUUUACUUCAAAGGACUAGGACCAGUUUGUUUUGGGCCCUUACGUGAAAAUUUGUCUCGUUUAAGAGGCAUCUUUACCAUAUGUAUGAAUUUGUGUAAUUUCAACUCAGAUAAGGAUAAACUUUUGCUUCGGAUAAAAGCUGGGAAUUUCAUCUGUUCCUCAGAGCACCGUGUGCAUGUUUUGCCAUGGCCCUGAAAAGGUCUUGUGCAAAGAUUCUGGGAUGGCAAGUUGUUGGCCUUUUCUGAAAAGAGAAUGUACACAGCCCGACCAUCUUUCAGACCUUCAUCCAUGGAAACCACUAUGCAGGAGGAUGCAGUGGGGUGUGGGGAUGUAGGAGGCCUGCUCCUACACCUCCAUAGCGAGUCCAAGAAUACUCAAGCUCUGUACAAACAGACUCUGAUGCUUCUGCUCCUUGCCCUGUGAACAUCACCCGGGGUCGUUCACCUGGCAACACCGCAGUGGCAGCUGUGGGUCGCUGGGCCUGUACAAGAGGCGCUGUGGUGAGCAGCUCGGCGUCCACGCCUGGACAAGGCUGGAGUUGCUCUCAGAGCAGUUUGGUAUUGAAAGAUUAUAUUUGGUUUCUAUUUUUAUUAUUUUGCAUCACCAUUCUCCCUAUCCCUUCUUGCCUCUCUCCCUCCUAAAUGUGUACAAUAACUAUACAGAGACUGCUACAAACUUGUAAAUAGUUUUUGGAUCAAAUAGCAUAAGGAGACAGGGAACCACUCAAAUGUGAGACCCCUCUCCUGUGCUUUGUAAAUUCAGGGGGGGGAAGAGGGAUAGUUAAAAUGUUUACAAAACUUUAAGCUCCCUCGGAACUUUUGCCAGUCUGGAGGAAAAUAAAAAAAAAUUAAAUAAAA